AUGUGACCUGACGACCUUGUCCAACCAAAAUGAAUGCAAUAUAAAAGGAGCUCUUAACAUAUGCAACCAUAUCAGUUGUUUAAUAACAAUCAGUUCAACAUGUUCUCCAAAAUAGUGGUGGCGAGCUGCGUGCUGGCGCUGGCGGCGGGCGGGCUGCUGCCCGAGCCGCACUACUCCGCCGCCUCCGCCGUCUCCUCGCAGAGCAUCGUGCGUCACGACCAGCAACACCAGUACCAGCACGCCAUCGCCGCGCCCGUCGCCAAGAUCGCCGUCGCCGCCGCGCCCGUGGCCUACCACGCCGCCCCCGCACACUACUCGUCCGCCGCGGCCGUCUCCUCGCAGAACAUCGUGCGUCACGACCAGCCCCAAGCCCACCACCUCGUCCACGCCGCCCCCGCUCACUACGCCGCCGCCCCCGUAGCCUACCACUCCGCCCCCGCUCACUACCAUGCAGCGAACCCGCACUACUCCGCCGCCUCCGCCGUCUCCUCGCAGAGCAUCGUGCGUCACGACCAGCAACACCAGUACCAGCACGCCAUCGCCGCGCCCGUCGCCAAGAUCGCCGUCGCCGCCGCGCCCGUGGCCUACCACGCCGCCCCCGCACACUACUCGUCCGCCGCGGCCGUCUCCUCGCAGAACAUCGUGCGUCACGACCAGCCCCAAGCCCACCACCUCGUCCACGCCGCCCCCGCUCACUACGCAGCCGCCCCCGUAGCCUACCACUCCGCCCCCGCUCACUACGCCCAGCACGAGGAGAUCGCGCACCCCAAGUACGAGUACUCUUACUCCGUGGCCGACUCCCACACCGGCGACAACAAGUCGCAGCACGAGAGCCGCGACGGUGACGCCGUGCACGGCGAGUACUCUCUGGUCGAAGCCGACGGCUCCGUGCGCACCGUGCACUACUCCGCCGACGCCCACAGCGGCUUCAACGCGGUCGUGAGCCACUCCGCGCCCGCCCACCACGCCGCGCCCGCCCACCACGCUGCGCCCGCCCACUACCUCCACCACUAGACCCACAUCUACCUGAACG